GGCGUGUCUCUCGUAAUAAGUCCUUCCGGGCUGGUGUUGAGGAGUCCACGCAAUUUUACGCAAUUAUUACGACAAUCCCGCAGGUCUUAGCAAAGAGGAAUUUCUGAGAAGAUCUGCAGUUCAAGUUCGUGGAGGACAACCCUAAGAGAAGUUCUCCGCAGUUCAGUUUAAUAAGGCGCACACACACAACACACAACACACACAACACAGCAUGAUACUCUCACUACCAGUGGGCGCUUUUCACACACAGACACAGAAGGGGGGAGAGAGAGUGAGGAGGCAAGGGUGAGUAAGAGGAGUGUUGAGCGCACUUGUCAAGAAAGAGACUUCGCGGGGGGCUAACAUUCGGCAGUGGAAUGAACGAUUGAUCAGCGAUGAAUAAUUUGCGAGUGCACUCCGUUUCGCCAUCGACGACAACUCCUGUGGCUCCGCCGAUCGCUACGCGCGGUGGAGAGCAGCAGGCAGUGCCCAGAGUGAGGACCGGGCUGAAUAAUCACAGAGUGGGUGACGGAUCGCGUAGUCUGAGCAUCACGGCGUUUAGCUCAGGCGUUUCCAGCCCUACCCGUUUCCUUGCUGCCUCCUCCGCAUCCUUCAAGGCGGGAGGACCAUUUGUGAAUGUUGACUUGCCKGCCGAAACCAAUAAGAACACGUCAUGGACGCAAUACCCAGGAGUAUGGACCUCCUACAUCAUGAUUGUACUCUUUUCGUUCUGGCUUGUACUUGCUGCCCUCCAGUGUGACAUCGGAACAGCAUGGAAUGUUGUGCAUUCCAUCCACUUCGCGGUGACGUUUUAUUUGUUCCACUGGAAGAAAGGAUCACCUUUCGCAGAGGAUCAGGGUGCGUAUGACAAGCUGACCUGGUGGGAACAGAUGGACAGUGGCAGGCAGCUUACGCGCAACAAGAAGUUCUUCACGGUUUUGCCGGUUGCUCUGUACUUCAUUGCUUCGCAUACCACGCACUACAAUAGCCCAUCGCUGCUUCUGAACACAGUGGAAGUGUUUGUGCUGGUCAUUGCCAAGUUCCCUCACAUGCACAAAGUUCGUAUCUUCGGCAUCAAUGGUGACUAGGACAAGAGCAGCAGCCAAUCACUUCUUUUGAAACGUCUCGUCAAGCAGUCACCUCCUUAGGUUGGUUGGUGGCUUCUUCCCUCCCUGGUGUUUCAUAGUCACAGGAUGGUUGAGGGACUGGGGAUCAGGACGAUGACCUUCUGCCGCACUUGGUUUAUCCGUAGAAUUACUGCUGUGGGGGUUUUCGCUCUUGUGGAUUGCUGGGAGUGAGCACGGAGCUUUGCUGCACUUCCCUCUGGAUAUCGUCUCCACAAGAAAAUGAUCCCGGCAGUGCAGAUGGUCUCUCCCAUCUUCUACUACCUGCAAAGUAACCUCAGGAACAGGUUCCUCAAGCAAGAAACCACUGCUGUACAUAAGCCUGCCUCACGUAAACACAUGAACCAAGUCAUAAGACCACCAGGGACAAAUCAGGAAAAGACCCUGGUGCUCUGAUGACUAGGUUCAAGUAUUUAUUAGAAGCAUGCUUGUGCACAGCAAUGGUUUCUGGCUUCAGAAAUCCCAGCAUGGAGUUAUGGAUAUGCAGACUGCACUUUGUCUACUCCGAAAGUACUUGAAAUGAGAAAACACGGUUGUGGGACUGAGCAAGAUGAGCCUGCACUUACACCUGUGUUUGUGAGUGUGUGUGUUUGUGCAUGUGUGUGUGUGUGUGUGUGUGUGUGUGUGUGUGUGUGUGUGUGUGCAAAACCAGAUGGUGCAUGUUUCUGAGUGCUCUGCUAGCAGUCGAGCUAAUUCUAACUGUAGCAUGGUCCUUCACAGCUUUGCUGUCUGGUGUUGUUGGAGGGGGAAGCCGAGUGUGGGAACCGAGCAUGAGCCAUGCGUAACGUAUAUAUAGCAAGCCAGUUUGCCAGGGUUGGAGUUAUUGUUAUGCGAGUGGCUUGUUGCGCCUGUAAGUGUGAAAGUGUGUUUGGACUUGUAAUUCCUAAUGCGUUUCGGGGGCAACCAAGGAUGAUCACUAUGCCUCCCUGUUGCUGCACGCCGGUGAUGCCGAUCUUUAGCUCAGUGCAUCAUCAGCUAAUGUGCAGCCUCACAGGUGCUUGUGUGCUCCUGACAGUGCUCUUGGCUGGGGAACACAGGGGAGGAAAAGGGGGAAACGAUGAUAAAAGGUUAGCGGCUGAUGUGGCCGGACACAUGUGAAUUUUGAUUAGCGGAUUGGCUAGGCCGGCUCAGUAGCUUAAUGUCAAAUACAUACACUUACUCUCCAAGGGGACCCAAGACGAACCAAGAAGUUUCAGAUUUCAUUGAAAAUCAUCUGUUGUUUGAAGGAAUGGGAUGGCUGGAACGAACCCUCGAUGUCUUCUGUUUGUUAGUCAGGGAUACCUGGUAAUGAUGGCUUCUUCAAGUGGCCGAAGUAUGCCCCCUUGGUUAGAUAUGCUUAUCUCGUAGAGGGAACAAUAGAGCUACGUCUUCUCUUCUGACGGGUGAUAAUGAUAGUCUAAGCAAUGUCGUAGGCUGUUGGCCUGAGCCCUAAGAGCACAACCUUCACUCCUCCUCUGUGUCUGUAGCUUUAUGAAAUCGUGAUGAUAGUGCUCGCUUUGCAGACGUAGUUGUGGCCGAUCUGUGCACACUGUGGUAGUAUUGCUUUGUUCUUGUUCUCUCGGUUACCAUGUAGAUGAAGUUGUGGUCAUUUUAUGUUGUCUCCCGACUCUUAUGGGUAUGCUUUAUUAGAACUGCUAUGUCAGUUCCAUGACUAUCACAUUUGCCAUCUGGCCAUUCUAGGGUGUUGAAAUAUUUGAAAAGUUGUCAAUUUUUUUCUUUUGUCGUUUCAAGAUUUCUUCAAAAGUGCCCUGAAUGAUAACAGUCUUUGGUCAAUCCUCCAACUUAGCUUUUGGGGAAAGCUAGAGGUAUCUGGGAUGUGUGCGACGCACUGGAAUGGACCUCCCGUGGUGCAGUUGCAUGAUUUUAAUGCCGCUUAUUGAGGAUGUGCACGUGUGUGUGUGUGUGUGUGUGUGUGUGUGUGUGGAGAGAGAGAGAGAGAGAGAGAGAGAGAGAGAGAGAGAGAGAGAGAGAGAGAGAGAGAGAGAGAGAGAGAGAGAGCAUUGGUGUCAGGGAACUUGUGGUGAUGUUGCAUAAGAGAGGGGUAGGAAUUUGAGGUGAUUUUAGCUGCAUUCGGAGAAGAUGGUUGAUGUGAUGGUCGCCAGGUGUUCGACGCGUCAUUGCUUUGUGGAAUCACGACAAACAUGCCAGCGGUCUGUCUCUUUCAAUCGGGUUUGGAAGAAUGCAUCAUCUCUGCUUGCUGCCUUAUGGAGACAGGAGGAGCUCCUGAAAUGUGAAGCUUGGCUCAUAAUACGACUAAACAAAAUCUCGCAUUUCUU